AUGGGAUUAAUUCCCAUGCUUGCAAGCACUUUUGUUUCAAAUUCAAAGAAAAUUGCGAAAAUAGAUACUGAAACAGAGAAUAAUUUAAGAAUGUUUAAAUGUAAAUCAAGAACAGAAGCAAAAACAUUUUUAAAUUGUAAAAUAGAUCCAAAUAUUUGUCACUGCCGCCCUGCGGAUAAUAAAGUUAAUUGUGAUUGUAAAGAAUUAAACAAUCAGAGUAUGAUUUUUAAACCAGAAAAUAGUUUACCAUUUUCACAUAAUGGUAUAAUGAUUAAAAAUAAAUUUGGAAACAUAAUAGCAGCAACAGAAAUUUCCUCCGCUACUUUACAAUUUAAAUUGCAAGGAAUGAAACUUAAAACUGAAAUUGAGCUAAAUAAAUGUUUAAUAACAAAUGUGAGUCUAUAUGGAUGUUAUGAAUGUGAUGAGGGUGCUAAAGUAUAUCUGACUUGUAAUACAGACUUUGGAAAAUCAUUGGCAAAUAUUGUUUGCCCGAGUAUAAACAUGUUUACAACAUGCGCAUAUUGA